CUGUGCCGCCGCUGCGCCAUCGUCUCCAGCUCGGGGCAGAUGUUGGGUUCGUUCCUGGGACAGGCCAUUGACGAGCACGAGUGUGUCCUGCGCAUGAACCAUGCCCCCACCGCCGGCUACGAGGACGACGUGGGGAUGCGGAGCACCAUCCGCGUGGUGUCGCACACCAGCGUUCCGCUGCUGCUGAGGAACCAGCCCUAUUUCUUCCAGCAGUCCCAGGAGACCCUCUAUGUCAUCUGGGGGCCAGCAAAGAAGAUGAACCGGGAGCCAGUGGGCUCGACCUACCAGAUGCUGCUGAACGUGAUGGAGAGAUACCCCCACCUGCAGAUCUAUACCCUGACUGAGGAGAAGAUGAUGUAUUGCGACGAUGUCUUCCAGAAUGAGACGGGGAAGAACAGGAUGAAGUCCGGCUCCUUCCUGAGCACAGGCUGGUUCACCAUGAUCCUGGCCAUGGAGAUGUGCGAGCAGAUCUUUGUCUUCGGCAUGGUCAGCGACAGCUACUGCAGGGAGAAGAACCACUCGAGCGUGCCUUACCACUACUUCGAGAAGGGCCGGCUGGACGAGUGCAGGAUGUACCUGGUGCACGAGCGAGCCCACCGCGCCGGGCACCGCUUCAUCACCGAGAAAGCUGUCUUCUCCCGCUGGGCCAAGAGGAGGAAUAUUGUCUUCACCCACCCGUCCUGGGCAGGUGGGUAGAGCGCCAGCCAU